AUGGACAAAGAAGAAUUAAUAACAUAUGAAAAUAUAUUAUAUGUAAUUAAAAAAUUCCAAAAAUAAGGUUUUGAAAGUUUAAAAUUGGAAGAUUUGGCUAUUGCCAUAUCCGUUUCAGAUUUUCGAAUUCAUUUUUUGAAAUAGACAGGUAUAGAUUGGGUUUAAAAAUAUGAAUUAAAGGCGUUAGAAAAGCUCCGUAAAUGUAAUUUCGAUAUGUAGUGGAUGUAGUCAGAAAUUUAAGAAGAAUAUACUCCUUUAUUUAAUUAUAUUAAAAAGGGCGAUUUAUAAAAAACAAAAGAAUUUAUAUAAAAUCAUUCACAAAUAGAAUUAAUAAGGAAAGCAUAAGAUUCUCAUAAUCGUUCAGCUUUGCAUUUAGCUUCAAAACUAGGUCAUACAGUAAUUGUAGAAUAUUUACUUUUAUAAGGAUUUAGUGUUUUUAGUCGAGAUAAAUAAUUGCAAACUCCUUUACAUCUAGCUGCUUAUUAUUCUUAGGAAUAUAUUUGCGAAUAAUUAAUUAAAAAAGGUGCUUCUUUGGAGGCUACAGACAUAAAAGGAAGAGCUCCUUUUCAUUAUGCAUGCUGUAGCUCAAGCUCAAGAAUAGUUAUUAUGUUUAUUGGUUUAUGCCCAGAAAUAGUCGAAAGUGUUGAUAAUGAUCUUUUAAAUGGAUUACAUUAUGCUGUGUUAAAUUCUUCUUAAAAAUAAGUAGAAAUUAUUAGGGCGCUUUUGGAUUACGGUGUAAAAGUUAAUUAAAGAGAUAAGGAUGGAAAGACACCACUUUAUUUAGCUUCAGAAACGGGGAAAAGUAGAGAUGAUAUUUAAUGGAUGGAUAAUGCAAUUAAAGGAUAAAAUUUAAUUAAAGAAGUACCUUUUAAAGAAAAUAUAAAUACAUAAUAAAAUACUGUUAAAAAAAAUAAUACUUAGAAAAAAUUAAAAGAAUAAUAAGGAACUAUUUAAGGUUGGGUAAGAGAAAAGUUUUUUAAAUUAAUGAAAAAUGUAUAAGAAGAAGGAAUAAAAGUAAACUAACAUUUGAAAAAGCCGUUUAUUUAUACAGGAAGUUGGAUGGAAAGUAUAUAAAAUGUGGAAGAUUUGUACAAUUUAUUGAGUAAUAAUAUGAAUUCUACAGAAGCUACAUUGUGUGCUUUUAAUAUAUUAUGUCCAUAUGAAGGAGAACUUCCAAAAGAAGAAUAAAAUAAAGAAGUUAUUGAUAACUUUUAUGGAGAUGCAUGGGGAUCAUGCUUGAAGGUUACUUUAGAAACUAAGAAGAAAUAAGAUGAAGAAUUAUAAGAAAAAGUUUUUCAGGUUGAUGAUUUAAAAGAGAAAUUAGAAGUCUAUGAGAAAAUUUUAAAGGAGAAAACCGAAGAAAUGAAAAAGUUAAGAUAAUAAAAUGCAGAAAUGAAUAUAAAAUUAGAAGAAUAUAAAGGAGUUUAAAUAAAUUAAGCGAAUUUAUAAUUACUUUAGGAAAUUUAGAAGGAAAACGAGAAGCUUAAAUUAGAAAUCAGGGUAAAAUCUAGAGAAUUAAUGGAAAAAGAUAUGGAAAUAUAACUUUAAAUGCUAGAAGGGAAUAAAGAUUUGGGAGAAAAAAAAGACGAGAAGAAUAAAAGGGAAGUUUAAUUAGAAGAAGAACUUAAAAUUUUAAAAAUUGAAAAUUAAAUGUAGAGAUUUAAAGCAGGAUAAAUUUUCUUAAAUGCAUUAGAUAAUAAUAAUAAAGGAAAUAAUAAUAAUAGAGGAAAUAAUAAUAAUAAUUAAUAAAAAGUCGAUGAAGAAUUAAAUAUUUUUGAUGACGAUGCAAUUAUUAAUUUAUAUAAAGCUUUAAAAGAAAAUCCUUAACCGAAGUUUAUUUAGAGAUUGAAAGAUGUAGAUAAAGACAAGGAUGGGUUUAUUAGUUAAAAUGAGUUUGUUAAAUUUUGUAAUUAAUUGAAUCUUUCUAAUUAAGAUAUUGUUUCUUUAUAAAGGAUUGUGGGCUUUUUUGAUUAAAAAAAAAGCCUCGGGAUAAGCGAGUUUAAGGAAAUAUUGGAAAGUAGACCUAAAUAAAGGUAAAUUUAGGAAGAAAUUUUAUUCAAGAAAAUCCUUUAAUGUUUUUAAAAAGAUAACAUUUCUUUAGAAGAAGUUUUUAUUUAGUUAGAUUAAGAUAAUAGUGGAGAUAUAUCUCCAUAAGAGCUGAAAGAAGGGCUUUAAAAUAUGAAUGCGGAUCUUAAUUAAGCAGAUUAUAAUUGUCUUUUCAAUAUAUUUGAUAGAGAUAGAAAUGGGAAGAUUUCUUUAUAAGAAAUGAAGGAGACUAUGUAGAUUUAUUUAGAAAAAAUGGAAAAAAAAGUGGAAGAAGAAGUAAUGGAAUAUGAAGAAAUUUGGAUAAAAGAAAAUCAGUAAUUUUUAAUAGAAGAAAAAGAUUUAAAUUAGAAUUAAUUUUUAUCUUUAAAAAAUUAAAUUAAAAUUCAAAUUCCAGGGUUUAGAGGAAGAAUUAACUCGAAAAAUGUUUUCUUUAAAAUUGCAUUAAAAGGAAGUGUAGAAAACUGUAUUUUUAAAUAAGGAAUUAUCUAAAAUAAUUUAACUUAAAUUGCUUUGAGGUUCACUUUUGAGGAAAAUACAAAAAUAUGUGAUAUUGGAUAGUUUAUUAAUAUUUAAGUAUUUUCAAAUGAAAAAAUUUCAGAAAAUUCCUUUUUAGGAGAAGUUUUUGUGGCUUGGAAAUGUUGUUUAAAUACUAAAAAUGAAUGGAAAAUUAAUUAAGAAUUUAGCUUUGUGAAUAAUGAAUAUAAAAGAAAUAAAAAUAUUGAAACUAAUGGAAGAAACAUAAAUAGAAUCAGAAAUAUGCUAAAUAUUUGCAUAAAUUGAGACCAAAUUGAAAAAUAAUUCAAAAAUAAAUAUAAAAUAACAUAAAUGUAAAAAUUAAAGCGAUGAAAACAAAAAAAUUACAAGUGUUUUAACAGAAUAAAAUCAAUUCGAAAUUGAAAAAAUUCUUUAAAAGUAUAAUGUGAAAUCCAUUAAAGAUUUUUU